AUGAUUUCGCCUGAAGGCACCAGCAAGCCCUUCUCCAGCAAAGCAGAUGGCUAUGGAAGAGGGGAGGGCUGUGGGAUUGUCUUACUGAAGCCCCUGCAAAAGGCUAAGAGGGAUUUUGACCACGUGUGGGGCAUCGUAAGCAGCACUGCUGUAAAUCAAGAUUGCCGCUCUGUCACCCCAAUCACCAAGCCAUCCAUGGCCCAACAGCAGGAGCUCCUUCGCACAAUUUACCCUGCACAGAUUGAUCCAUCACAUGUCCAGUACGUGGAGGCUCAUGGGACUGGAACCCCGGCAGGAGAUCCCACAGAAGCUGGCAGCAUCUCCAACGUCAUAGCCAAAGCCCGCCCCCCAGGAUCCCCGGCGCUUUGUGUCGGCUCUGUGAAAGGUAACAUUGGGCACACCGAGUCUGCAGCGGGGGUGGCAGGGCUCGUCAAGGUCCUGCUAAUGAUGCGCCAUGAAACCAUUGUCCCCUCCCUCUUCUAUUCUGAGGACAACGCAAGCAUCGAUGCCAAAGCCCUGAAUCUCAAAGUCCCCACCGCAGCAGAGACGUGGGUAGGGACUUGUCCGCUGGGAAGGGCUGCAGCCAUCAACAACUUUGGCUUUGGAGGCACCAACGCUCAUGUUGUCGUGAAGCAGUACAGACAAUAG